CGUUUGUCUAGAAAGAAUAGAUCAAAGAUUGUUGUGAUCAUCACCCCGUAGACAUUAAAUUCUGUCAUAAUCACUUUCUCUCUCUAGCUCUCUCUCUCGUUCUCUCACCAUGAACUCAGGCUCGAUCACUCGGCAACCUAGGACAAUCUGUUCCUCUUCAGAAAAGUGCCAUAGGGACCGAUUUCGCACAUACAAAAAACUACCAGGAACAGUAGAUCAUGGCAAAGAAUAUGAACAAAUGAUGUGUGCAUUCUAUGCUUUAAAAUUAAUUGCGCGCGAUGAUGUGGAAGAUUUUGAAAUGACUACGAACAACAAAGAACAUGGAGUUUUUGACGACAUCGGACUGACAGUUACAUUCAAGAACACGAAAAAACGCACUUAUCUCAUUCAACUCAAACACAAAGAAAGAGGAAAGUCCAUCACAACGAACAAUCUACUUAAUCCAAAACAUGACUUCGGCGUUCAAAAAUAUUUUAAUUCUCUAUCUUCUCUUAAUAUCAUGGAUGAUGUUGUUUGCAUCGUCUACACAAAUUCUUCUACAUAUAUUAAGCAAAGUACCGAAAUAGCGGCAAAUAUUAAUCUAGAAGUAUGCAAUAAUAUUGAAUAUGAAGAUUUGCUUCUUAACGUUGAACAAAGAAAUUCGUUAAGUAUUUUUCAAAUUCUGCAAAGGCUAGAAGAUAAAACUCAGAUGUUUUAUUUUUUUACAGAACAAAAUAACAUACAUAAUACUAAGAUGGUAGUAGAAAAAAUGUUGCACGAGAUGUUACAAUGUAACAUUUACGAUUCUUUUAUACAUUUUAUAAGCGAAUGGUGGUCGAAGAGCUUUGUUUUGAAUAAAGAUGACGUCAUUGCGAAAUUAACUGAAGUAGCUGUCUCACCUUACAUGAAAAAUUUAAGCAACGGCAAACAAAAUAGGAAAACAGAAAACCUCAGGAAAGCAAUAAUGAAUUACUCAUUGACCAUUGUGGAAAGUAGUGAAGAAAAUAUUAUCGAAAAUAUAUGGCCGGAUCUAAACAUCCCAGAUGAAGAAUUCAUUAAAACCAAAGAAAAAUUUGGAAUAAAGAUAAGGGAACAAAAUAAGAUGGCAUGGUUUUUAGAUAAAGUUCCAUUGAUUGUAAAAGUAGACGAUUCGAAUAAAACAACAGUCGAAUGUGUAAUGAAAAUAAUGAAUAAAAGUGUUGAAAAGAAACAAAUUAUCUUGGUGGGCAACGUUAUGAAAGGUGAGUUCGAUGAGAUGGAAGUUUUCGAAGAUUUAUCUGACCUGGGGAACAAGGCCGGCAACGAAGCAUAUUAUCGCGACAUUUUGCGGAAUUUCCAAAUUUCUUUACAAGGAAGAGAACCAGUUUGUUUGGAAGAAUUUAUUAACAUUGACAGGGAAAUUGCUAAGCAUAUUGGAGUUGGUGAACUAUUGAAGAUGUCUCAAGCACCCUACAUAAUAGGAAAUGAAAGAGAAGAGUUACCCGAAUUACACAUACCAAGAUAUGUAUCUACCACUUUCGUAAAGGCAGAGAAAAUUUUUACCAUUUAUAAAUCACAGAGAAAUCAAGCAGUGGUAAUAAUUAAUUGCGACUCAACAUUUAAAGAUCUAACAUUAACACAUAAAAAACAUAAUUUUGUUGAAUGUUCUGUCUACCUUAGCCCAGAAUAUGUUGCCGAUGACAACGUAAUUAUACUUUCCACAAAAACCAAAUUAACACAUGCUGAAUUUCUUCGGGUUUGUGAAAAAUCCAAAAAAUCAAACGCAUAUCUAUUCCAAGUAUUUGAUAAAGAAACUUGUGCCUUACUUUUAAUAAAAGGAAACGAACUACCGCCUGAUAUUAUACACGAGUCCAAGAAUAUACCAGAAGCGGAUGUUUUACGUUAUCUCGAUAACCCACUUAACGCUGUUUGUGCUCCACCCGGAAUGGGCAAAUCGACAUUAAUCAAAGUUCUUUAUAACAAUUGCCCUUCACAUUAUUGGGCAACUUACGUUGAUCUGAUAAAUUGUAAUUCAUUUUUGAAAAAGAUACCAGAUUCAACAGCAAUGUGGAAUUAUUUUUUAAGAAAUACAGAAAGAAAAGAAAAAACUGUAGAAGAACAAAUUAGGAAUACUAUGCUCAGAAAUAAAAAGUUGUAUUUAUUUCUCGACGGAUUAGACGAAAUGGAAAGUAGUUGCAUCGACUGUGUUUUAAAUUUUGCUAAAGACGCGUCAUCAAAUGGUAUCAACGUAUGGAUUUCGUCAAGAGAAAAUUUACGUCAAAAAGUCUCAGACACAUUAAACACGGUGUUAGUAGAGAUACAACAAUUAAAUAAAGAACAGCAAGAAAAGUACAUGCGUAAAAGAUUGACAGAAAAAUACAGAAAAGAAGAAGUAAUAAAAAUCUUAAAUGCCGUAUUUGCUAGCGUGGACCUUAACAAUAGCCAACAGCUCCUAGGAAUCCCGUUGCAGUUACACAUAAUCGCAGAAAUGUUUCUCAACAACGACGAAGCUUACAAGAAAAUCGAAGAUCAAGAUAUUUUUGUGUUAACACAAAUGUAUAAGUUGUUUUUCGAGGGAAAAAUAAUAUCUAAUAAUGAAAAAAUAGCAAGCAGCACGAAAACACAUAUGUUUGGCAACAUAAAAGCAUCGUUGCAACAAUACGAAGUUAUUGCUUUAAAAACAUGUCUGGAGACUGAAGACUUUAAGAAACUAAAUGUGAACUUAGAGGAACUAAAAGAUGUCAUAACCCAUUUUAAAGAGAAGCUUGACGUAAAUGGAAUCAUCAAGGAAAUAAACGAAAGUGGUGAGGCUGUGUUUGAGCAUCAAACUUAUGCGGAAUACUUUGCGUGUACCUGGCUGAAAAAGAACAAAGAAAAAGCGGCUUUGUUGAAAGACGUAAUAUUUAAAGUUAGAUACGAAAAUUUACGGCUCAUGUUUGACGUAAUGUUAGCAGAAAACAAUCCUUUACAUUUAUCUAUCGUUUAUAAAAAUGUAGAACAAUUCGACAAAUACAAACAUGAAAUAAACAGGGCAGAUCAAGGCGGUCGAACACCAUGGGAGCUCAUAUGUUCGUAUGGAAUGAAAUAUCCUCCCGAACACAUCAAAUUAUACGACGAAUUUGUAAUGCUUAAUGGAGAAUUUGAUUGGUUUGUGCAUAUGACAAAAAUCCUCGUACAAGAACAGAACCACAUGAUUCAGCUUAGCGCCAAGAGUGAUAUUUUCAAUUUCACUUGGUUAAAUUACUGCCUUGAAGCACAGUGUCUGUAUCCAAUCGAACUAAUUUUAGAAAGAAAACUGUUGAUGUUCAAUGACAUCCAAGAAGAAGUUUUUAAAUGUUAUAGGGAAGACACUGUAGCAUACUACGCAGCACAGAUGGGUUAUCCUAACAUACUUUCUGGAGUUAUUGAAAAAAAUCCAAGUCUCGUCAAAACAAAACUACAUAAACACCAAAUAACUGGCAAUCUCUUGGAAACAGCAGUUAUUGGCCCAAAAGAUAAAGAUGACACACAGAAUAACAAUUCCCAAUUCCUAGACGCCUUCAAAAGAACAGUUCAGUUACUUAUAAAAAAGGGUUUUGAUAUAAAUGCACAAGUUAAAGAUAAAAUGACAGCGUUACAUUUGGCGUCUCAAAAAGGUGAUUACGCAAUUACAAAGAUAUUGUUAAAUUCCGGCGCUUCGAUUAACGUUGCUGACGAGGAUAAAAGGAACGCGUUGCAUUAUGCGUCGGAAUCAUGGGAAAACAAUCGAGUUGUAAUAAAAUUAUUGAUUGAGAAAGGCAUUGACGUAAAUAUACAAGAUGGAAAUGGAAGAACCGCUUUACAACUGGCGUGUAAAAGCGAGGUUUAUGAAAAUGCAGAAGUGUUGUUAAAUUCUGGCGCUUCGAUUAACAUGGUGGACAAGAACAAAAUGAACGCGUUGCAUUAUGCGUCGGAAUCAUCGAAGAACAAUCGAGAUGUAAUAAAAUUAUUGAUUGAGAAAGGCAUUGACGUAAAUGUACAAGAUGGAAAUGGAACAACCGCUUUACAACUGGCGUGUGAAAGCGGCGUUUAUGAAAAUGCAAAUAUGUUGUUAAAUUCCGGCGCUUCGGUUAACAUUGUGGACAAGGACAAAAUGAACCCGUUGCAUUAUGCGUCGAAAUCAUGGGAUGCCAAUCGAAAUGUUAUAAAAUUAUUGAUUGAGAAAGACAUUGACGUAAAUGUACAAGAUGGAAAUGGUAAAACCGCUUUACAAUUGGCGUGUAAAAGCGGUGUUUAUGAAAAUGCAAAUAUGUUGUUAAAUUCCGGCGCUUCGGUUAACAUUGUGGACAAGGACAAAAUGAACGCGUUGCAUUAUGCGUCGCAAUCGUGGAAAGUCAAUCGAAAUGUUAUAAAAUUAUUGAUUGAGAAAAGCAUUGACGUGAAUGUACAAGAUGGAAAUGAAAAAACCGCUUUACAAUUGGCGUGUAAAAGCGGUGUUUAUGAAAAUGCAAAUAUGUUGCUAAAUUCUGGGGCUUCGAUUAACAUUGUGGACAAGAACAAAAUGAACGCGUUGCAUUAUGCGUCGAAAUCAUGGAUCAUCAAUCGAGAUGUAAUAAAAUUAUUAAUUGAGAAAGGCAUUGACGUAAAUGUACAAGAUGGAAAUGGAAAAACCGCUUUACAACUGGCGUGUAAACAAGGUGUUUAUAAAAAUGUAGAAAUGUUGUUAUAUUCCGGCGCUUCGAUUAACAUUGUGGACAAGGACAAAAUGAAUGCGUUGCAUUAUGCGUCGAAAUCAUGGAAAACCAAUCGAAAUGUUAUAAAAUUAUUGAUUGAGAAAGGCAUUGACGUAAAUGCACAAGAUGGAAAUGGAAAAACCGCUUUACAACUGGCGUGUGAAAACAGUGCUUACGAAAUUGCAAAAAAAUUGUUAAGUUCCGGUGCUUCGAUUGACAUUGUGGACAAGGCCAAAAUGAACGCGUUGCAUUAUGCGUCGAAAUCACGGGAAGACAAUCGAGAAGUAAUAAAAUUACUGAUUGAAAAAGGCAUUGACGUAAAUGUACAAGAUGGAAAUGGAAAAACCGCUUUACAACUGGCGUGUGAAAACGGUGUUUAUGAAAAUGCAGAAAUGUUGUUAAAUUCCGGCGCUUCGAUUAACACUGUGGACAAGGGCAAAAUGAUCGCGUUGCGUUAUCUAUCAAUAACACGGAGAAAUAAUCGAGAUGUAAAAAAAUUAUUAUUAUUUUUAAUAUUAUAUGUUAUUAUUAUUAUUAUAUAUUAUUAUUAUUUAGAUUAAGCUGGCUAACAGGAACCCAAUUAUAAGCCAGCUUUAAAGGAGGCGUGAAGUGUAUGAAAGAAGUAAUUAAUAAUUAGUAAUUAAUUAAAAAAAAAACUGAAUUUUUGCGUGUUGGUAACUAGUAUAUCAGAAGCUCAUGCAACGACAAGUGACCCAAAUUUAUCAUCACAACCUGAUAUCCAUCCAUAGAACAGAUAUCAGUACUUACAGCGAUUAGCCAUGAGGAAGCAAAUGGUACUUAUCAAUUACAAUAGCAAUAAUACACGAGAGAGACAUUGCAUAAAUAUCGGAAUAAUCAGAAAAGAAGUUGAUAAUACGACAGCUGUUAAAUAUAGGAGAGUGCCUUAUAACAGUUGCAUUCGGUUUAGGAGUAUAAAAAUACUGAAUCGAUCUCAAUUGAACAGUGGGGUCACAGAAAUUUAGAGAAGAUAAGAUCUGUGUGCAAUUGAUCCUGCUGUGCAAUAAAUUAUAAAUGAACCUAAUGUAAAGCAGAUCACGCCUACAUUGCAAUGAAAGUAAAUUAAAACGACUGCACAAAAUAUCAUUACUAAUGCCAUGAACUGGGUACACAUGAUCAAGUUUCCAACACAAGAACUUUAAGAAUUAUUGAUUGAGAAAGGCAUUGACUUAAAUGUACAAAACGUAACUGGAAAGACCGCUUUAUAACUUGCAUGUCUAAAUGGUGUUAUGUAUGAAAAUGCAGAAAUGUUGUUAAAUUCCGGCGCUUCGAUUAACAUUGUGGACAAGGACAAAAUGAACGCGUUGCAUUAUGCGUCGAAAUCACGGGAAGACAAUCGAGAAGUAAUAAAAUUACUGAUUGAAAAAGGCAUCGACUUAAAUACGCAAAAUGGAAAUGGAACGACCGCUUUACAAUUAGCAUGUUUACGGGGUGUUUAUGAAAAUACAGAAAUGUUGUUACAUUUCGGCGCUUCGAUUAAUAUUAGGGACAAGAAAAGCGAUAACCCGUUGCAUUAUGCAUCAUGUUUCCGUAAAGAUAACCAAGAUAUAAUAGAAUUAUUGAUUGGAAAAGGCAUCGACGUAAAUGCACAAUCUAAAGAUAGAAAUACCGCUUUACAUGCUGCAUGUCUACAGGGUGUUUAUAAAAAUGCAGAAACGUUGCUCGAUUCCGGAGCUUGGAUUAACAUAAUGGACAAUCAGAAAGAUAACGAGUUGCACAAUGCAUUGUGUUCAGACGAAGACAAUCGAGAUAUAAUAGCAUUACUGAUUGACAAGGGCGUCGACGUAAAUUCAGAAAAUGAAAACAGCACGACUCCUUUACAACGGCAACAGGAACGCAUUGCAUUAUGCUUCAGAAUCCUUGAAAGUCAAUCGAGACACAAUAAAACUGUUGAUUGAAAAAGGUUUUCACGUAGACGCACAAAGUCAAAAUGGAACUACCGCUUUACUAACUUUACUAACUGGCUUGUCUAAACGGUAUUUAUGAAAAUAUAGUUAUAUUGUUAGAUUUCGGCGCUUCGAUUAACAUUACUGACAAAAUGGGGAAUAACGCGUUGCACUUGGCUUCAGAUUCGCACAACGACAAUCGGGACAUACUUAAUUUAUUGAUUGAGAACGGCAUUAACGUAAAUCUACGAAAUCAAAAUGGUGCUACUGCCUUACAUCUUGCAUGUCGAAAAGGUGUUUAUGAAAAUGCAAAAUUAUUGUUAGAUAUCGGAGCUUUUAUUAACACUACGGAUAAAGACGACAAAAACACCUUGCAUUAUGCAUCAGAAUCACAGAAAGACAACCGAAAAGUAAUAAAAUUAUUGACUGAGCAUGGCAUCGAUAUAGAUUUACAAAAUCAUUAUAGAGCGACCGCUUUACAACUUGCAUGUCGACAGGGUGUUUAUGAAAAUGUAGAAACGUUGUUAGAUUCUGGUGCUUUAAUGAAAAUUCUGGAUCAAAACAACAAAAACGCUUUGCAUUAUGCCUUAUGUUCGAGAAGAGAUACUAGAAUGAUAAUAAAAUUACUUAUAGACAACGGCAUCGACAUGCAUGUUCAAAAUAAAAUCAAAACCACGAUUUUUAAUACAGUAGCACGGAAUUAAAAUUAUUAUCUCUGAUUUAUGUGAAGGCGUCGUUUUUAGGUAAGAAACAACUGUACGUUUAGAUAAUUAGCAAUGUGUUUAUUGAAGAAACAUUUAGUUUUGUAUUAAGUUCUUUCUCUUCAUUUGUUUGAUGCGCGGAUCUAUUCUAAUCUUUUAUAUUUUCUUGAAACUUAUUUCACACAAAAAUGUUUCUCAUUCUCUGGUAGAAUUUGCUCCUAACAUUCAUUGUUACUUCUAGACUUCUACUUAUAAAUAUACCUAAGUAAUCCUAGCUGAUGUAUUCAUGCAUUAAAUUACUUUUCCAAAUAUUAAUUGCAAUAUGCAAAUAACUAAGUGGGAAAAUGGGGAAGGUUUGAUACAUUCACAAUUUUGCGUUCCUUCGGCUUCGAAUACAAAGAGUUUCAAUAGAAGCAAGCAGCGUCAUUCUUAGUCUUCACUUGGUUAUGUUUCUUCAUUCUGCUUGAUGGACAACUGUUUAUUUCGAAAUACGAUUAGACGUCCGGUAUUCGGUGAUAAUAUUUUUUGCAUUUUUCAUUUCUACCACUAGUGCCCUUUUGAUUUUUACAACUUUGUUGCACAUGCUCUUUUGAACUUUUCUUUUGUGCUGGUACUCCACUGCUAAUGCCCUAGGAGUGUCUGUUAAAAUCCUCGUUUUUUUCUGAUUUUCGACCUCCCUUUUUUUUGUUCAGUUUCAGUCGUAUUUCCUCCGGAGUUUUUAAUACAUUUUUUAUUUGUAAAUCUACCGAUUUAUCAAGUUCAGAAUAUGAGGAAAAAUGACAGCAGCCAGGCUCUACAUCGUUCCCUGUUUCACUUCUGAUCCGGUAACAUCAUUUUCGUCAAAAGCAUGUUUAUUGUACGGAUAUAUUCCAGUCAUUAAAAAAACACUAAUGAUGCUUCUAGGAACGAAUGCUCGACUGAAUAUCCUCCCAACAAGUUCUGGAAUAUUUUUUUGAUUACAUUGUUUCACCAGGAUUUUGUUAUACAAGUUUAUUUCUAUUCUAAAUAGAUUCUGACCCAAAACCGUCACGCUCUAAGACCGUGAGCAGAUUUUGAAAAAAAUAAUUGGACACUGUGAGAAUUAAAGACAAUAGAUUUGAAUAGACUUGUAGCCUCCAGAAUUCCUAAUGACAACUCAUGAUUACGGGACAUAAAACCCCGAAAUCAAUCUUUAAAUCCAGCUUACUCGAGAUUAAAUUUUCCAUUGAAUGUAUCUAACUCCAAGCCCCAGAAAUUGAUAGAAGGCCGCGUAAUUUAAAAGUGUAUAAAACCUCCCUGCGUGUCAACUCUCCCCAGUCUCCUCUACUCUGAACAUCCGUGUGUUAAUAAUAAUUGGUAGUUACCUUUCGGGACAAAUACAAUGCAGAGGUUAUUACCACAAUUUUCUCUCUUUCUUUGACUCGUAAUCAAAUCAAAAGUUUGCGAAUAUAUGGGUACACUUGUUGAAUAUACCUUCAUCAUCAGCCUUUACUCCUAUGGAGGACAGUAGUAACUUUAGCUACUGUUGAUGGCUACAUUUAAGUUAUAAGCUUGUUAGUUAAUUUGUCGACUCUAAUAUUAUUAAUCAUAUUGAUUUUUGCUUUCAUCUGAUCUUCAAAAAUAGUCACAUUUUCUUGUAUAUAUAUAUUCUCCAGUUGUUUAUGUGCUAAGUUUUUGUCGUUGCUAUUUAGAUAUGUUCUGUACAGCGAGAUUUGGUGGUUGGGUUUUUGACGUCAAGACUUUGGAAGUUAUCAGUCUUUAAUAGUAUGACAUCUAAUUACUAUAUCUUAAUUUUUCCAAUUUUCACAUUCCGGUUGUGUUUAGCAACGUAAUUAGCACGCUUCCAUAAGCAUAUAUAAAGACACUUUUAUUUCUGUAAAAACUUUUCACAAAAAUGUCUACAGCCACAUCACCAGCAGUGAGUGCUUCGAUGUUGAUUUGUUUGUCAAGAAUAGGUCGUUGUAAGUAGAAUGAAUGAGAGCUCUAUCUUGACCAAAAAAUCUAUUCUCUAGUUCCCCAUCAUCUGACUGGUUGGUAAACGGCUCUAUAUCUUAAUUUAUUUCAUUUCAUUUACUUAGAUUUAUAUAAUAGUAAUGUAUAUUUUUGUACUCAAUUUUGUACAUAAUUGUGAUUUUUUGAAAUACCUCAAAGAUACCUACAUCAGAAUUGAAACUACUAAUACUUCACGUUUAAUUAAUAAGCAACUGUCUGUGUAAAUACAGCCUUCUGCUAUAUAAAAUGGGUUAAAUUUUGUAAAUCAGGUCUUCUUAUUCCUAAUCUGAAUUUCAUGAGCUUUUAGUAUUGUGAACAUUCCAAGGGAAACCCUCAUUACUUAAGUCCUUAGGAAAGCGUCUUCAGCUUCAAUGACCAAAUAGGCGCAAAGAAUCUCCCCAACUCCAUCCAAGAAAUAUGCUUCACGCUAACUUCAAGCAUCUGGGUGGUUUUUCAGAAGGUGAUUUCAUGUUUCCACCGCUUUGUUUGAAUAUAACGACACUUUAAUCUAUUUUGUUAUUCCACUGGAGAUUUUUUGUGUGUCCUGUCUAAAAAGUUUUUCUUAUACACAAAAAAACAGGUUUACUUAGCCCAACUGCCAAAUCAUAAAAUUUAAGGACACAAAUCGAAAAACUGCUGACGUCUAUGUGGAAAAAGCAACUUACACUACAAGAACGUGGAGUUUCCAGAAGAAGGUCGCAUGUCUUCGGUCUUUCCACUGAAGAUUUUUCACCAAUUCCUGCAUCCACAUCACCAGCAGGAAAUUCGUCCACUAUUAAAACGUUUUUGAAAUUGUCUUCUCGUGUACAACUGAACGUCGUAAAAAGGAAAUUAUUUAAAAAUGUUGCAGUUAUAAACAUAAUAAUUUGGUUUGACCUGGGUAAAAAAUCUUUCUCAUGUGUAAAGAAAGUCUAUUUAGCCCCAGUUGUCAAAUCGUAACAUUGAAAUAAAACACCAAAAUCAAUUUACUCCACGCUUCUUUUCGAUGAACGAACUACAAGAUUCACCUUUUAUCACAUCAAAUCUAUAAACGGUUGUCUCAGUGCUGAUUCGAUAAAAAUGAAAAACUAAAUCGUACUUCGAAAUCAAGGAUUUUCAAUCUUUGACCUCUUUUUGGAAGAUAUACCAUUAAGUACGUCGGGAUACUUUCUGUGCAUGCAUAGAACCAAGUUUUCACAAAAAUCAAAAACCUGUAUUUUCUCAGUCGUUUUUCUCAGUCAUGGCAUGAUUAUUAGGAGAUUAGAUGGUCCGAACUUGAACCCACCCACCUCAAUGGAACUCCUCAUCGUACGCAGAGAGUGAAGAAAACAGACUGUAAGAAGUGGAUCGGACAUGAUCCUCGAGUGGUCACUUAUUCUUUAAUUUGUCUUAGCAAUCCAUCAUGGGUCAAGUUCUUAGUAACGACUGUCGAAACACAUGUCGCCUUACUUUUCUAAAAAACCGUAACAAACAAAUAAUUUGUUAAUUGUGUUUAAUUGUUUCUUUUUCUGCAUUAAAUUAUCAAUCUAUUAAAGGCAACGACCGGGAUGGAUGUGCACGAAGACAGAAUAUCGUUUUGAUAAUAAUAAAUAAUAGUUUUAAUUAGAAUUGUUAAUGCAAUUUGCAAAAAAAAAGGUUGGAAAUUCCGAUGAAUGACAACCUUAGAUCUAAGUUACCACAGGUAGAAUACAAUCUCACAGGUAAUGACGGUUUUCUAGGUUUUUAGAUCUACGGCUGGGUGUUCUAGUUGAAGUUUGCGAACCUAUGGUUCACCUCAAAGUGUUGAUCGAUAAUUUUAUUAGAAUAUUGUAUAUGGUUGUAAUAUGUAAUUGUAUGCGAUAUAGGGAAUCGUUGACAUCGUUCGAGGAAGAACGAAGUACACGUGUUGUUCAAGUUCACGCGGAUAUUUGACAACACUGUUUUAUUCAAAUCUACUUUCGUGAAUCUUUAACAAGUCUUUGUUUUUUACUGGUCAAGUAACAGAACUAUAAUGGUAGAUUUACCCUAAAUUUUAUAGUGAUGGCUUCGUUCCUUCUCAGCGCACAAAUUUUCUGUAAUUGUUUUUUUUUCCUUUACUAAAUAAUACGUUGUGUCGUUUCAGCUUAUUUAAAAAAUUUAAUUUGUUUUCUAGUUUUAUUUAAAAAUAGAGUGUGUUUAAUAAAAACUUAACCUAUUUUCAACCGAAA